AUGGCUUCCAAUCCAGAUGAACGAACAGAUCCAUUUUCUGAUCUUGAAUAUCGUGUCACAAAUCCGAAAGUAAGUCAAGAUGUCAUUAAUCGAAAUUCUGGAAUCAAUAUAAUGAGUAAACAACCUAUAUCAAAAGCAGUACAACUUAAAGCUGAAAAUUAUGACCUGUGGUUUCAAAAUGAACGUUUAACCGAAGAAAAUGGUGCACUAGGUGUUGAAUUGGGUAAAUUACAAGAUAAACACGAUAAAUUAAUGUAUUUGGCACGUAAUCGUCUGGGCGAAAUUCGUUCAAAAUAUCAACGACUUGAACAAGAUAAUCAAACAUUAAAAACCGAAUUAGAUCGUUUAGCACGUGAAUAUGAAACAACAAGAAAAAUUGUUGAAGACUAUCGUCGUAUGGAAGAGCGAUUUAAAACGGCAGAUCGAGAAAUGCGUUUAAUGAUUGAUACAUUAACACGUAAUAAUGAAGAUUUAAAAGGACAAAAUCAAGCAUUAAUAAAUGAACUUGAACUAUUAAAAGAAAAAUAUUACAUAGCUAAACAAAAUUUAGAAAAAUCUAUGCGAGAUGCAACAUUACUCAAAGAAGAAUUAACUAAAGCUGUUUAUGCGAGAGAUUCACUUGAAAAAGAAACUGCACGAUUGAAUGGUAAGGUAAAUGAAUUAGCUGCUGGAAAAAAAGCUGCCGAUGAAAAAGUUGACUUUUUAAAUGGUCGAACAAAUAAUUUACAAGUGGAUUUAAGACGUUCAGAAGCAAAUGCUGCUAUGCUACAAGAACGUUUCACAUUAGUUAAAAAUGAACGUGAUGUAUUAGAUGCUGAUAGUAAAAAUAAAUUAGCAUUAUUGAUGCAAAAAUUAAAAGAACUUCAGAUACAAAAUAAAACAGCUAUGGAACAAUUACAUGGUCAAAGUAAACAAUGUGAUCAUUUGAAUAGUGAAAAUAAGCAGUUACUUGAAUAUGUUAAUGGAUAUCGUAAAGAAAAUGAUCUUCUUGCUAAACAACUUGUUUCUGUAAAUACAAAACAAAAACGUUUAGCACUUGAACUUGAAAAAUUGAAAUCUGUCGAUGCAUUCAUGAAAAAUGAAGAAGCUAUGAAAAUGCAAGAUGCCUUGAUGGGUCUAACAGAUCAAUUAACACAAUUACGCAAAAUGCAUGCUAAUACACUAGGUGAAAAUCAACGAAUCAAAGAAUUAUUAAUUGAAAAAGAUUCUGUUCUAACGAAUUUGGGCUAUGAACGCCAUCAACUACAAGAUAAAAUGAUUAAGAAUGAACAUACAAUUCGACAAAUGGAACGCAUGUUAGACGGCGGAUCCAAGCGAACACCUUUGGAAUCUAUGAAUGGCGCAGGACAAGCUGGAUCAACAUCAAAUGCAUAUUCAUUCGAAAAUGUCCUUGAAUCAUGA